GAACAUUACGGUCAUGUUGAUUGCGAUUGACGAGCUUAUCUCAGAAUUUAAACCGCCCGUAGAUAUUCUAGACGUAGAUGAAAAUGCCUUCGUGUACGACAUAAUGAGACUUUACAACCUCAGCGGGAGUCUUCCUUUUAAGAAUCACGUGCAUCUACACUCUUUUAAUAAAGAAGUACAAGAUAAAGGUGUGCUUGAUGGUCUCCGUGAUGUACUGCUCGCAUACGCAAUACCUUCAAUCCAGUCUGAGGUUUCUAGCAACGUGAGGAUAACAGCGAGUGCAUUGAGAGCUUUAGAUGAAGGCGAUUAUAAUUUAGCAAUUGGUUUGCUAAACUCACCAGCAUUCUUGCACACUUUAGUAACACUCGAUAACUACAAGAUCAUGGAUUUAUUAUACAACAAUCCUACUAAUGAAACACAAUUAAAACGCUCAUCCCGCGUUAUUUCCUUCGUUAGAUCCUCAAGGAACACGAGUGAUAUACUCUCAAACGAGCGCUGUGAGAGGAUAUACGUUAGCGCAUUAGCUAGCAAGAGUAUACCUGCAGCUAUGAAUUACAUAAAUGGCAGACAAAGCGGUCUCAAUCGUUCAAUCCUCAUUGAAGAAAUUCUCAAAGUGUCUCUUCUUCCAAACCCAGUUGCUAAGCUCUUAGAGGAACUUUCAAAACUCAGUUUAACGGAUGGUGAUGUGGAAGUCAUCAGAGCGUUCGCGAAUGGUACUUCUUCACUCACUUCAACAAGCGUUUCACCUUCUUCCAUUGCAGCAGCUCACGAUCUGCUACUCGUGAGGUAUAUACAAGCAGGUCAAAUACCAGACGCUAUAAAGCUCAAUAAGGGUGCUCUCAGUGUCGUUUUGUCGCAUGGGAUUGGCAGUGUCAAACGCGGUCAACUUAUAAGCGAAGCAUGGAGCGUUUUGCCAGGAGUACAAAAGACACUCGUAGAGAGAGAAGUUGGUAAAGAUGAAAAGCAAGAAGAGAGCGAUGAGGAAAUGGUGCAAGAUCCACCACAACCUGAAACCACUCAAGUUGGAUCCUGGAUUGAUGUCAGAUUGGAACAAGAAAAUAAGGUACCUGCGACACCAUUCGCACCUUUGAGAAAAGCAGCCCCACCGGUACUUCCUCAAAGUCCAUUAUCUGGACCUCCAAAAUUCUCAACUCCUACUGCGCCUACAUCGACGCCCGUCAGGAAUGUUCAAACUAAGCACAAGGUUGCCGAAUCACCAUUCGCUCAGUUGCUUGGUAAAUCUAUCGCAAGAGAGAAAGAAAAGAAUGAACAAUUAAACAAGAGCAUCAAUAAGAGUGCGUUCGAAAUACCUAGCGUAACUGAUAUAGCUUCCAGGAGUUUGUCAACCCCUGCUAAGAGAACACAGAAGAAUGUUCAUACACCUGUUGUUCAGACCCCUGAAGCUGGAAAUGAAAGUAAAGAUAAGAUUACCGAUUUACCUGAUCUGCAAGCGCUUCAGAGUGUGAGAAGGACAAGAAGUGUUAUGCCAUCCGUCAAGAAGGAGGACAAGAGGGAUGAUGACGAUGAUAUCGAAGUCCCUGGAUCAUAUCCAUAUACACCACAGCCAACGAAACAACAGCAGUCGCAACGUAAUCUCCGUUCAACCACUUUGAGAUCUUCAAACAGACGUACCAGCCUAAAGCGUAAUUCUGAUGACGUCCAGAUGGAUGAAAGUGACGAUGAUGAGAUUGCCUUGCCUGGUAGUUACAUACCAACACCUCAACCUGCUCGUGGACGUAAGAGUUCUGCUGGCGGACCACCAAAAAGUGCUGUAAAGCGUGCGACAAGACGCACAAGCAAUGCCGGUAGUAACCCACCUGCACCUGCUGCACCAUCAACUACUAGACGUCAAACUAGAUCAUCAAGUAGAUUAAACAAUUAAGAUAUUCUAUAUAUUGAUAUUUAUACAUUA